UUUCAAAGCCUGGUGGGGGUGUGCGAAGCCUCUACCUGGUAAACUGCUCAUGUUCUUGCUGUGCCUUUGAUCGACUCUCAGCAUUUCAGGAACGCUAGUUCAUGCAGUGAUUGUGAUCUAGUGUGCUGCUGUCACAAAGCAGUCCGUCGUCUAGAGCAAAGCGAUGGACCAAGUGCGCGGUGAAGAGAAAGUCUUCAGUUCACUCGACCGUCGAACAGCGAUUUCUGACCGCACACAAAGCAAGCAUGUCGCUCACUCGUCCAUUUUCCAAGUCUUCUCCGCAUGUCGCGGAUGCAACAUGAUCGCACCGGGCACAUGCUUUCUGCUGGAGGAGUUGAACCGGGUGCGUAACGCAGACACUGCUUAUUAUUUCACAACGGCAGCGCACGUGAUCUAUUGUGCAACUCAUGCCGAGUACAGCUAUAUCAAGAUCGCGUGGAACUGGAAGCCCGAGGAUGAAUCGCCCGUGGAAGCCUACCCGUCGGGUAAGAAGACGUUCAUUUGGCGUGACAGCGAGGCUGGGUGGCUAGCCGUUUCUCCAGGUUAUAGCGAACACUGCAGUGAGAAACAUCAAGUCUACGAUCGCUACCCGUACGACUUUGGAGUGAUCGCUCUGCGAAAGGAAUUUAUCAAUGAUGACGUCUGUGCACAGCUCGACAAACUAAUCCAAAACGGCGCUAUGUUUCGAAAGCCCAACACACGCCAUGAAUUUAUUGACAAGGCAUAUCUGUGUGGAUACGCAGGGGAAGUAAAGGGCAAGAAUGUGCGAGGUAACCUUUACUGGGUGGGUGAAAGCGAGAGCAAGAAAGGAGAAGAUCUCCAAGACCAGCCGUUGGAGCGUUCUGUCCGAAGUGGCAAGGAAAGAUCCACCUCCUCUCUUUUCUCGAUGCCUCAGCGUCACCAUAGCAACACGGCACCUGAUGGCGUCAAGAAGUGGGAUAGCAAUGCUGCAUUGGCGGUGAAGAACCUGUAUCGACACUACAUCGACGCAAGCGGUGGCCAGAGCGGUUCGCCAAUCUAUACAAUCACAGAUGAUGACGAGUUCGUGGCCGUUGCUAUUCACGUGGGCUUCUGGCAGUUUAGUGGUGUUCGUGAGUCACUGUGGUGCAAUGUGGCAGUGCGCAUUUCGGAAACGUUCCGUGAGAUGCGCUCAUGGAUACAGGAGAACUCUCAGAAGGCUGCAAGCGAGUUGGGCCAGUUGAGCGUUGAAUCGUUCAGGGAGAAAUCAUCAGCGUCGUAUCUCUUUGGAACAGGGAUUGAGAGCGUCGUCCUGCCGCCAGCGCCUCCAACGCUUACAAGUAGCACGCUAGCAAGUCAUGGAGCUCAUGCUGUGGCCUCUGAUGCAGACAGUGGAGCAGGCAGCGCAUAUCCUAUGCCUGUGCAGCCUGUUCAAACAGGAUAUGGGUCAAGUGGAGCUGCUACCGCAUUACCGUUGGACAUUGGAGAAGCAAGUGCUGGCGCAUGGAGCAACCCGUUCGAGCAUGCGCUAUACGAGACAGAGUUACAUGAGUGGCUGUGCAAACUUCCAGCAGGGGCGUUCCGCAAGGAGGCCAUGAGAAAGCACAUUCUGACAGCAGCGCAAGUCAGCACUUUGCUUCGCGUCGAAAAGAACGAGGGCCCACACGAGCACAACAACAGAGUACUGGAGUACAUCAUGUCCCAAGAACAAGAUGGGUAUCGCAAGCUCUGCCUAAUGAUCAAGGAUAUGGGUAAGUACUCUCAGCGUCUUGCACAGAUGAACACCCUCUUGCCACCUGAGCAAAGGGCAUGACAAGAUUUCUCGCCGUGUCCAUUGUUGCUCUGAAUCCAAAAAACAUCAAUCAAAAUUUUGUUGCACCGCCAUGGAUAUAACUUACAUUGCAUGUCCACAGAAAGUGGAGCACGCUACUUGAUUACAUGAGCACAUUAUUCUUUGUGUGUUGUCUUAACCGAAUAUCCACAUACAGUGUAAUAGGAUUAUUAAUUUAUGUGCCAGCACUUUGCUACAUAAUGCACUUCACGUCUUGCCUCUGCUCUGGCUAGACGUGUAAUGCCAACGCCGCUGCUGUGCAGCAUCUGAUGGUUCUGUGUUAUUCGGUAUUCACUAUUCAGUAUUCAGGCCUUUAUGACCGAAACAGCUUGCAGUCUACAGCAUUGGGUAAUAAAAAUAAAUAAAAAUAUGCCUAUAGCCAGAUGAUGAACAGUUGUCUGAGGUGUACCUUAGCUUUGCUGUAUGUGCUUGUGCAUGAAACACAGUGUUAGAACUGUAAUUGAUCGCUUGUUACUGUUGUCUUCUGCCUUUGUGCUAUUGCUCUAUACUUGUGGUGCUUAGCAUUCCAGGAAUCUGGGAACUGCCUUUAUUUUUCCUGAUGCACUAUGGAAUAUGCAAUCUUCUAUAGUCGUCCAUAAUUAUUACUAUUGUUCUGGCUUCAAGGCUUUUCAGUUAAACGUCACAUACAUUCUAG